AUAGCAACAUUCGUGCUGACGAUGGCGUCGUAUACUAACAUGCUGGUAUUGUGUCUCAACAUCUUUCUUAUGUUUCUGCAUGUCAUGGCUGGACGAGAUUUCUAUAAAAUACUUGGUGUUUCAAAAUCAGCAUCACUAAAUGACAUAAAGAAGGCUUAUAGAAAGAAGGCUAAAGAGAUGCAUCCUGACAAGAAUCCAGAUAAUCCCAAAGCUGCAGAUCAAUUUCAGGAUUUGGGGGCUGCAUAUGAGAUACUCUCAGAUCCUGAGAAGAGAAAAAUUUAUGAUCGUCGUGGUGAGGAAGGUUUAAAACAAGGGGAUAUGAGUGGUGAUCCUUUCUCAAGUUUUUUUGGAAAUUUUCAUUUUGGCAAAGAUCCUACACCUGAUGUAGUCCGUGGUGGAGAUGUCAUUAUGGAUUUAGAAGUCUCUUUAGAAGAACUUUAUUCAGGCAAUUUUGUAGAGGUAAUCAGGUACAAACCAGUUGCUAAACCUGCUAAAGGAAAGCGUCAGUGCAACUGUCGAAUGGAAAUGGUUACAACACAAUUAGGACCUGGUCGCUUCCAAAUGGUACAGCAACAUGUGUGUGAUGAAUGCCCCAAUAUCAAAUUUGUUCCAGAAGAAAAAUUGUUAGAAGUUGAAAUUGAACCUGGUAUGCGUGAUGGUCAAGAACAUCCUUUUAUCGCUGAAGGUGAACCACACAUAGAUGGAGAUCCUGGGGAUCUCAAAUUUAUUAUAAAGCAAGCAAAACAUCCUGUAUUUGAAAGACGAGGUGAUGAUCUUUAUACCAAUGUAACAAUAAGUUUAACAGAUGCUUUAAUAGGAUUUGAAAUGGAUAUCAGCCAUUUAGAUGGUCAUAAAGUUCACAUCAAAAGAGAUAAAAUAACUCGACCCGGUGCAAGGAUGAGGAAAAAUAAUGAAGGAAUGCCCAGUUAUGAAAAUAAUAAUAUAUUUGGUGCUCUCUAUAUUACAUUUGAUAUCGAUUUCCCUAAGAAGACAUUGUCAGAAGAAGAAAAGACAAAUAUACAACAAAUUUUGGAACAGAGUUCAAAACAGUAUGUUUAUAAUGGUCUACAAGGAUAUUAACUGUGAAUAACUGUUUCAGUUAUUUUCUACUUAAUUCAUAGACAGUGAAAAGCACAGUUUUUACAGUUUCCCAGACCUUUUGGGAUAUUUGCUCAUUUUCAUUAAAAGAUAUGCUUUAAAAAGUAACAAAAAAGGAACAAGUAUCCAAAUGACACAUUCUUUAUUCAUACUUCAUUUUUAGGGUUUUUUCCUUUUAUUAUCAUUUUAGGAUUGGAAUAUACUGUUGUCUUUGACAGUUACAAGGAACUGCAGUCAAUUCACUAUUUCUUAAAUGACAUUUUUGCUAUUCUUGCUGUUCCGAAUUCUGAUACUAUUAAAAUGGUUAUAAAUGUAGCAAAAAUUAAACAAAUGAAAUUAAAUACCAUAAUCCAUGCUAAAUGGAUUGUAGCAUUUAAUUUCAUUUGCUUCAGUUCAGAGUUCAAAUCCUGCCAAGAUCAAGGUUGCCUUUCAUCCAUCACAAUACAUUCAUACUAAUAAUAUAUUUUGAUAUCAUUUUAGCUGACUAUACUCCUUCCAUAUAGACAUUGGCCUUGCAUAGACCAAAGAAAUCAAUAUAGUAUAGUGAAUAUAUUUAAGAGAAAUAAAGAAAUAUUCUUUUCUACUCUAGGCACAAGGCCCGAAAUUUUUGGGGAAGGGGCCAGUCAAUUAGAUCAACCUCAGUACGCAACUGGUACUUAAUUUAUCAAUCCCUAACGGAUAAAAGGCAAAGUCGACCUCAGUGGAAUUUGAACUCAAAACAUGAAGACAGACAAAAUACCACUAAGCAUUUCGCCCGGUGUGCAAACGUUUCUACCAGCUCGCCGCCUUAAAGAAAUAUUGAAUUGAGAGUCUACUAAAAAGAUAUCAAGUAAAGCUACAAAUUAUGUGUUAUCACAUAUAUUUUUAAAUGUGACUAAAAUGGUGCCAUCACAAAUAUGGACUUGUAUAGUCUUCUUUUGUAUGAAAAGAUAGCUAGGGCCAUUAGCAUUACACUUGUUAUUCUUCCUCUCUCUCUCACCUGCUGUGUUAACUUUAUAUAUGUGGAGGACUUUACAUAUAAUGCACUCAUUAUAAUUACACCUGUCUUCCUCAUUCCCUACCUCUCUGGCUUUUCUAUCUCUAUUUCUCACACGCACAGAGUGUUUGAUUUCAAGCAAAGGUCCAUGAGAACAAUUAAUGGUGCACAUUUUCCUAGUUCAUACUAAUAUAAUUCACCAUUUAUAUACAAUACCAUAUUUUCUUUUACAUCUAUUGUAUAAGUUUUAUAAUAACUGGGUUUCACAAAUGGGAGACAUUACUCAGUGCAAGGUAUGCACUAAUCUAUAUAUCUCACCUGUUAAACACAAAGUAUUUGUAUAUAAAUCUGACAUGAAUGCUAUUGUAUUAUUUAGCAAUAAACUAUUAAAUGAGCUUGUGAAUUAA